UUUUCAGUUGAACUAAACUCAACAUCUGAUCACCCUCACUGCUGCUGAACCGACUCUCAGGAGAUUCACUUCAGGAUUCUCUGCGACCUGCAGCCUGCAGUCAUGUGGCUAUUGAAGUAUAUAUCUGCGAUUAUAACCAGAGCCUUGUUUGUCCUGGUGUCUCUGAUCGGCGUGUGGAGGGUGACUUCGGAGAAGAAGGACAACACGUACUGGUUCCUAACUUUCCUCUUUCUGCCGCUUGUCGUGGAAAUGAUAGUAACGCUGAAGAGACAAAGUGGAAGGGAUUACAAAUGGUGUUCUCCGCCUAUCUUUCUGUUUCUCAUCAGCAUCAUUCCCUCCAUUUGGAUCCUGGAGCUCCAUGACAAGACGGAAAAUGACAGCGACCAGCCGUGCAAAAAGCUUGACUCCUGGGAGAAUAUGCUUAAGCUGAUAAGCCCGAACAGGACCCUGGGAAAUAAAACAAACCACGACGCCCUGAUGUCCUUUAACCGGAUGUUAUCGACUGUCUGCUCCAACGAUUGGAUCUUGGGUCUUCAUCAGAUCCUGCUCAUCCUCCUCAUCGUGGGGAAGUGGCUCCUCCCACUGGGAGGCGGAGUCACGCGUGACGAGCUCUCGCAGCUUCUCCUAAUUUUCGUUGGCACUGCGGCAGACAUCCUCGAAUUCACUUGUGAGACACUGUCUGAUGUCAAAGCGCGCUAUCCUGAACUGGUCUACAUCAUUUUAGCUGUAUGGACUUGGAGCAUGUUGCAGUUCCCGCUACAUCUGGCUGUGGUGAACACAAAGCCAAGGAAUGAUUGUGAGGAGGGGUCUCAGGAAGUGACCAUGUUAAGCAAACAUAGCACAGACUUGUGGACCAUCGUGCAGGCUUUGUUUAUCCAAGACGGGCCUUUCCUGGUGGUCAGGCUCACUGUCAUGAUCUACUUCCAUGUCUUCCACCAGAUGCUGGGCUUCUUCGCCAUCAAGAACUUCCUGGUGGUCAUACUGAACUUGUACAGGUUGGUUGUCUUAUGUCAGGAUUCCAGGAGAAGAGUGGGCAAUCCCAGCGACGUCCCGUGUAUUUGACGAGUCAGGGGAAUGGGGGAAAUGGAGAGAUGUUACACCCAAAGUUUUACAGUUACAUUGGAUGGAUAAAAACUGCAAUUGUAGUUGUGUCACAAUUUGAAACGCAUGUAUGAACAAUUUGCACCAAAACAAACUAAAAAUCAAACUGCCACAGAAGCAGCAGAUAGUGAAUUUAAUGCGGGAUAUAGUCCAUUGUCCAGGUAGGGAUUUGGUAUGCAGUUUAUUUUUUGAGAUUUACUCAAUCGAAAAGUACAAAGAAAAAGGUUACAGGUCCUAUUUUUCCCUGGUAAAAUACCCAAAUAUCCACUUAUCUCCAAUACCCAAAUCACACAGUGCCUGAAGCUGCCUUUCAGAACAAAAGCAUAAAAAACUCCUGAAUUGAACUAAACAUUACGAUAAAUAAUGAUCAAAUUACUUUAUAUAUAUAUAUAUAUAUAUAUAU